GAGAAGCAAUAUAUGCAGUUUAACGCAACGUUCCGUUCUUUUGAUAACUUCCAAAAUGUUUAUUUUCUCUCCAACAAUAAUCGGAUGCCAAAGUGGCUACCUGGAGUAAUAUGUCGGCGAAUAGGUGACUUGCACUACGAAAUUUUAUAUGAGGGCAAAUGUGUAAAAAGGCACAUCGAUCAAAUUCGAUCCAGAACUGAGCCUAAUAGUGCGGCGAAUACCUCGAUAGAAUACCAACAGUCACAGGAUGCGUCGACUAGGUGGAAACGAAUUCAUAUGAACAGCAGACUAUCAACUACACACGAUUCCCAAACAUCUCAACAACAAGAUACAAAUUCGUCGUUCCAAGACGAUUUUCCGAAUACCAACACCUCGUAUACGACAAAUUUUUCUACUCCAUUGUCGGACUUUCAUGGUUUUCCCAACUCGGAAGAGAAUAAUGGUAAUGGAGAUUUAAUUCCUCGAGAUCAGGAUGUAAUUCUAGAAGAUGGAAGUAUGCAAGAAGACCCAGGAUACCAAGGAAGAGGAUCAUAUUUUCACCAUAACAGAUCCUAUGCGAGGGAAGAAUUGUUAUGUAUUGAUCUGGCAUCAUGAACAUAUGAUCAUUAUGUGCAUGAUAUGGCAACCUUUACUACUUCGUAUUUCAUUCCUUGUUACUUUUUUGUAUUGAGAAGAUCUCUUGUUAUAUUAACUGAAUAAAUAGUUUAUAAUACUUUGUACGAAAACUUCUACUUAUUUCUGAGGAAUUUAACAGAAAGUAAAUGCAUUU